GGGGCCGCGGCGGGGGGAGCGCGGGCACUGGCGGGGCCGUGUCAGCGCUCACGGACGGGCCCCGCAGCGGCCCGGCAGAACCGCCCGCCCCGCUUUGCCCCGCAGUUUUGCUCCUCCUUUCCUGCCCCCGCACUUGGUUUUCCCCUUCCCCGCUGUCAGCGCGCUGCGGUGGGAGAAGGGAAGGGUCCGCCUGGGAAUGCACGGUGCCCCGCGUUUCGCGGGGAUUUGAGCGUGCGGGCAUCUCGUCGGUGCCUGGCACCUUUGUCCCUUUGUCUCUCCUCCUCUAGGGAUGGGGUUUGCUUCGGCGCCCAGCUGUCGGCGGCGCGGGUCCUUGUGGACCGGGUGAAAGCGGCUCCGGUGCUGAAGCCCAUCGCCUUCCAGACACAGCAGCAUCCCUCUGGGUGGCCCGCCGGCACGGACUGAGGGAAAGGUGGAUUGAGAGCUGCCUGAGCUCAUGCUGGACCCCUUGAUGGCUGGAGAGCAGGAACUGCCUCAGCGAUGGAGCAAGGGGUAGGAAACAGGAUUUGGAGGGAGUGGGGUAUUGGAGAUGAGUGAGCGUCAUUUGGCAGCUCUCGUUUCUCCCAAAAUCCGUGGUGCACAGCAGAGAGGUGGUGUGUGAAAAGCCAGAGGCUCACAGGGGGUUGCAGGAGGAUGGUGAAAGACGCAGGUUACCUGGCCACAGGUGUGCACUGAACAUUCUCUCACAUCCACCCCUCCUGCAGGAGUCACACGUACUGAGUGCCCAUCCAAAAUCAUUUCACUUCCCCCCCCCCCCCCCCCCCUUGAGUUUUAAACAAAUGUUUGGCACUCCUCAGCUGAGGUUUUUUUGCCCCAGGAGGGUUCCUUUUCCUCCCAUCACUCCUCCCCAUCUCCACCUUUUUCUCAGGACGCUGAACCAGGAGGUGGAUUGGAUGAACACAAUUUUGUUACAACGUGUUUUACGCAGCCACCCGUGUCUGGUUUACAAAUUCUUGGAUGCAGGUCCAUGGGGAAGUUCACACAGCCACAUGUCCCUAAUAUAAAAACUAUUGGCUGUGCACUGGUUGGGGGAGACUAUGGCAUUGGAAUGUUUUUAGUCCAAAGCACAUCAGUGUGGCAUAAAGGCCCCCUUUAACCAUUGUAUUUUGUGGUGUGAACUUGAACAGCUCAGAAAAUGGUUAAACAAAGUCUUUGUAAGUAGAUGCUGCUCCGUGAGAGUGAAUUACGCUUCUCUUUUACCACCUAAUCUGCAAGGGAAUAGGGGUGAGAUUUGCUGGUAGCCAGGAAAUCUCUUUUUGGAAUUACACGUGGCUUGCGGCAGACAAUACUGAGCAUUAGAUGGGCAGUGUUCUCCCAAGCAGACGUGUCUGAGCAGCUGUAAGCGCCCGCACGUCUGAGGGCCUCUGGAGCCCUCAGGAGCCACCGCCAUGUUGGUUCAGGGAAAGAGGACAAGUUUGGCCUGCAGCACUACAAGGCAACCCCGGGUUGACCCUGGGACCCCUCUCAGGCCGGUGAAGAAGCGAGCUGGAGGCUUUUAACCGGUCCCCGGCAAUGGGUCACUUCUCCCCGGGCAGCGGGCAGGCGCCGGAACCCGCGCGACCGCGGAACUGCAGGGCCGGGCGCGGCGGGCGGGGGGGACGGCGCUAAGUGGCGCACCGGUGCGGCGCCCGGGCCCGCGGGCUGCCGGAACGCUUCUUCUCGGCUUCGGGGAGCGAGUUCCGCGGGAACGGUUCUGGCGGCGCACCAGGGCGGCUCGGCAAAAUGGCGGCGCCCAUCGCCCGCUGCCUCUGGCGAGCACUGCCCCCGCGGUGCGGGUGGGUCCUCCCCGGGCUGGAGCAGCGCCUCGUCGUCCCCGCUGUAGUGAGCCUUGCGAGCGCCCAGCCCUACGCGGCGGCAGCCAAAACUGCCAAAAAAGACGCCCAGAGGAGCAGGCAGGAGAAGGUGAAGGAGAAGCCCCCCCCUCGGAGGCGGCCGCUGAUGAGCAAGCCCAUGGACGACGUGUACCUGACAUGGCUCUACAGGAGACCUUCCUACCAGCUGGAGCAGGCCGUGGGCAUGCUCAAGAGGUUCCAGGAGCUGGAUUUCACCCACCCCAAGCAGUUUGUGUACAUCAACGUGUUCCUGGAUAUGGCACUGCAGAAGAAGAAAAAAGUGGAUCCUUUUUCCAGCAGUGUCACUCUUCCCCAUCGCUUUACGGAUGAAGUGAACAAGGUUUUGGUGUUCACAGAGAAUGAACAAGAAGCUGAAGUAGCUCGAGAGCACGGAGCUGCCAUCGUGGGAGGAGUGGAAUUAAUCAAAUGGAUCUUGGAGGAUGAAAUACAAGCAGAUUUCUACGUGGCUGUCCCUGCCAUCAUGCCCAAGUUAAUUCCCCUGAGGAACAAACUGAGAAGGAAGUACCCUGCCACCAGGAGAAAUUCCCUGGGCACUGACAUUCCCAAAAUGCUGCAGUUCUUCAGAGAAUGCCAUGAGUACACAGUAGAGGACGAGAGUAUGAUCAAGACAAGAAUAGCCAGACUGGAUAUGCCUGCUGAGCACAUAAUUGCCAAUCUGAAAACAAUUAUCCACGAUAUCUGCACCUUCAAGCCGUCCAAUUUUGAUCCCAUUGUGAGGAGGUUGGUUAUCAGGUCUUCCACCAGUGAAGGUUUGCUGCUGAACCUCGAUGGAAUCCUGCCUCAGGUGGAGAAGGCAGAAGAAAAAGAAGAGGAAAAUGCAGUUGAGGAUGAACAAAAGAAUCCUGUCCAAGGAUCUGUUAGUACCUGAUGUCUUCUCCUGGGAGAAGCAAAGGGUGUCAUUGAAAUCAUGCUCUGUGAGAACAAAAAAAAAUAAAUGGAACUCGUGGAUUUCA